CUUAUUAAAUAGAUUGAUUUGGUAAUUUAUUAUGGCAGAGGGCGGUUAUGACCCGUGCGAAUGCGUGUACAGCUAUGAAGGAGCAAUGAGGCGUCUCGUGAGUUUGCUGCGAGAGUCCCAGAACUUCUGCACAGACACAGAGUGCCUCCAAGAGUUACCUGGACCGGAGGCGGGAUCCGCACCCGCUGACCAAGGCAUGUCGUUCUUCAUGAUGGCCAUGAUGUGGAUGUUAGUAGCUACAGUUCUAUUCCUAAUUAGACCUCGCAGUCUGAGGCGAUCGAAGGAUGAGAAACCGGGGCCCAGCUCUAGACCAUCGGGUGGAAGUUCAGACCACCCGGGACCAAGUGGCAGUGGCGGUGGUAGUGGAGAUGCUCCUGGACCAUCGAGACGGUUUGAUGACGAUCCUGGUGUUUCGUCCUAAAUCUUGACCCAAAAUGCCCAAAUCUCUCCAAAGGACAACUAGCGUGCUUACAAUACAAACAGAUAGCAGAGCAGCACUACAUAUCUACGAAGAAAAAAGAAAACUUUGAAACUUUGUCCGAAUCUAAUUCAAGUUGUGGUUUUAGUUUAGCUCUUUUUUCUUCUGGCGUUGUUCUUUAAACCUAUAUUCUAAGUGGCUUUAAAAUUAGGCUCGCCAGAAGUUUGGUGUCAAGUAUGCAAUGAACAAUGUGUAAUUAUAGCUGAUGUAAUUCAUUACAAAGCCACUGUGCCUUCGCUGUAAAAAAUUACCAUAAAAAUUCCAUUCAAAUUAUACAUGCCGAGUAGUACGCAGUAGAGAAAUUUUUAUUUCGGGUUCUGACGCUUAUUUUGGCUUAGUUUAAUUCUCUUUUAACCUUGA